AUGUCUGAACAAGACCCAUUAUCGCUGGGGCAUAUUUCUCGGCCGGCUGUCGCCGAACAAUCAUUUGCUGCUGUCAUGUCAGGUUCCAAUGGCUCUGCUGGCUCUGGCUCAGUUAAUGAACCCUCUGGACACUCGUCAAUUGCCUCAUCAUCAUCAAGUGCUAUUAUCGACCAUUUUAAUGAGGAGUUCAAAUCACCAUUGACUCCAGCCCCUUCGCCUACUGCACACCAUCACUAUUCAUAUUCCAACAGUAGCUCGCCAAAUACCUCGAGCCAUUCUCCUAAUAGCCGAAACUUUCAUCAAUUACAACAGGAGUGGAACUUGGACGAGUCUCAGCAUUAUAAUUAUCAUUUGCAUCAACUGAGGAGUCGUCGCACUGGUGGUGGAAGACUUGACUCGGUCGUGGGCCAGGAUUUCCCAUCUGCUCAUGAUGACUACCAAAAAGAAUCUUCAACAAGUAAAGCCCUGUCUCUAGUCGAAUCGGUACGAUCGCAGUUUGGCUCAUUGGAUGACGAAGGUAGGUCUCUGUUUCUUGGUGAGCUCUUGGCUAUGUGUGGCCGAGCCGUAUUAUCAGAAACUCUGGAUUAUAUCUCACCAAUGCUUAAACGGGAUCCUAUGGUGGUGCUUCCUAGUGAACUAGCACUCAAGGUCUUGUCAUAUGUCGACGAUCCACUGAGUCUCGCCAGAGCUUCUCAAGUAUCUAAAACCUGGUAUUUGAUGAUUAGCGAUGACUUGACUUGGAAAGAACUGUGUAAAACUCAUCAUUUCCGUCGAUUGUCUGCUGCUGUUAAUGUAGCUAUGAGUGGUGAUAAUCUUAGAGGCAGGGUUCCCAGUGUUGUAGGGGUUAAUUCUGGCAUUCAUCCUGGAACUGUGGUACCUGGUUCUUCACCAACUGGCUCUGUAUCUGGACAAAGUGAUCUGACCGAGGCCUUCUAUAAUCCCAAUGCCACUAAAAGACCUGUUCCCACUUCUUAUAGAUCACACUUCAAACAACAAUAUUUAUUAAACUCGGCCUGGGCUUCGGGAGGCAGACUGGCUGCUAAAUACGUCAUUUCAAUACCCGGCGUGGUUACUUCGCUGUUGAUGGAGGGCCAGUAUAUUGUCAUUGCCUUGGACAAUUCAAAAAUUUUUGUAUUUAGAGAAGAUGGCAGGCUAUUGAGAGCUUUGUUUGGUCAUGUAAUGGGUGUAUGGGCAUUAGCUCUAAGGGGUCACACCUUGGUUAGUGGUGGUUGUGAUCGAGACGUUCGAGUAUGGGACCUGAGGUCUGGUGGUUGUUCACAGAUCCUCAAGGGUCAUUCAUCAACUGUCAGAUGUUUACAAAUGGUUGAUGAGGAUACUGCUAUCUCCGGUUCUCGAGACGCUACUAUUCGUAUCUGGGAUGUGAAAAAAGGUAUUUGCAAACGAGUUCUCGAGGGUCACGAUGCUUCAGUGCGAUGUGUCGAGGUCCAUGGUGAUAUUUGCGUUAGUGGAAGUUACGACUUUACUGCCAAAGUGUGGAGGAUAUCUGACGGUACUCUGCUCCACACAUUAGUGGGCCACAUUUCACAGAUCUACUCACUGGCUUUUGAUGGAAAGCGAAUUGCUACCGGUUCAUUAGAUGCUUCAAUCCGUAUUUGGGAUCCAGAGACCGGGUUAUGUUUAGCGUUUCUCCAGGGUCAUACCUCACUCGUAGGACAACUUCAGAUGAAGGGCAAUAUUCUCGUCAGUGGAGGUUCCGACGGUGCUAUCAGAGUAUGGGAUCUGGAAAAUUAUACUUGUCUGCAGAGAUUUACUGCUCAUGAUAACUCUGUCACUACAUUACAGUUUGAUGAAGAGCGAAUUGUAAGUGGCGGUAGUGACGGUAAAGUCGAAGUUUGGGAGCUGGCAACUGGUAAGCACAUUCGUAGUCUUUCUGGUCCAUUUGACGCUGUAUGGAGAGUUGCCUUCAAGGACGAGAAAAUCGCCAUUCUGGCCUCGCGACAGAACAUGAUCCAUAUGGAGCUUAUGAGUUUCACGCCGACUGUCGACCGAGCAGACUCCACUGCUACCCCUCCUACCAUUGAGUUUAGGUCAACUGAUGGGUACGGACGUAGACGGGGCCACUCUACCAAACCCAGUGACGACCCCGGCAUGUCACCCACAAUGGUCCCUGUCGGCCGCGAGUCCCCUGAACACACCAUGACUGACCGUCCGUCCGGCACGGUUGUCACAGCCCCAACUGCUGCUGCCACUCCCGGCCAACCCCGCCAAGACGACGAUGCCAUGGACAUCUCUGCUUAG